CCAGCAUUGCCCUGUUGCUCCUCUUCUUUCCGCCCUGCUCCAGAGCAGGCUCGAUCCCACGGACCGGAGCUUCAGAAGGGCAAGGAGAAAGCCCGACGGAAGGGCGACCUGAAGGAGGAAGCCGCCCUCUGUAAUCAGCUGGGGGGCCUCUUGGCUCGCCAUGGGCGGUUCCAGGAGGCUCUGCAGGAGCAUCGGCAGGAGCUGCAUCUCCUGGAAAGCGCUGACGAUGUCAUCGGCUGUGCCGUCGCGCACCGGAAAAUUGGGGAGUGUUUGGCUGAGCUGGAGAGCUAUGAAGCAGCACUGAAGCACCAGCGCCGUCACCUGGAACUGGCCUGCUCCCUCUCCAGCCAUGUUGAGCAGCAGCGAGCCUGGGCCACCAUCGGCCGUACCUACAUGUUCAUGGCUGAAAGCGAGCCCGCGAGCGAGGCCCUUCGGGAAGCGGAGAACGCCUUCAUGAGGAGCCUGGCUGUGUUGGAGGAGAAGCUGCAAGGGGAAGUCCCCCAGCGGGAGGUGAGUGAGAUGACGGCGCGACUCUACCUGAACCUUGGCUUGGUCUAUGACAGCCUGAAGAAUCCGGCCAAGUACACGUACUACAUCAAGAAGAGCAUUUACAUCUCCGAGCAGGCUCAGCUGCACGAGGACCUCUACCGCGCCUACUUCAACCUGGGCAACAUCCACCUCCGGGAGGGCGAGCAUUCCAAGGCCAUGCGCUGCCUGGAGCGGGCGCGCGAGUGCGCCUGCAAGAUGAGCGAGAAGUGCAUGGAGAGCGAGUGCUGCGCGGGCAUCGCCCAGGUGCUGCUGAGCCUGGGGGACUUUACGGCAGCCAAGCGGGCUCUGAAGAAGGCCUACCGGUUGGGCUCCCAGCAGCCGCAGCAGCGGGAAAGCAUCUGCCGCAGCCUGCGCUACGCCUCGAAGGUGAGCAGCCUGCAGCAGGCCCUGGAAGAGGCAGAAGCAUCCGGCCAACAGCGAGCCGCCCUGGGCCUCUGUGAGCAACUGGGGGACCUUUUCUCCAAGGCGGGGGACUAUCCACGGGCUGUGGAAGCCUACGAGAAGCAGCUGAGCCACGCCCAGGCUUUAAAGCGCCCGGAGCAGGAGCUGGCCGUCAUUCACGUUUCCUUGGCUGCCACAUUUGGGGACCUGAAGGACCACGCACGGGCCGUGGAGCACUACAGGGCAGAGUUGGCCCUGCGGCAGGGGAACCCUCUGGAGAGGGGGAAGACGUGGCUGAACAUCGCCCUGGCCAAGGAGGAGAGCAGAGAGAGCUACGAGGAGCUGAAGCCGUGCUUUGAAAGUGCUCUGCAGUGCGCAGAGCAGGCCAGUGACCCCAGGCUGCAGCGUCAGAUCCUGCAGCACCUCCACGCCUCUCAGCAGCGAUGCGAGUGCCCCGAGGCAGCCGACACGCUCGUCCGGCUGCAGGACCUCUGCCGCGCCCAGGGCUGGCGUUCGGAUGGGGAGGCCAGCGAGGACGAGGACUGGCAGGACAGCGAGCCCGUGGAGGCGAGUGAGCUGGAGCUCUCCAGCAGCGACGAAGAGGCUGACCUGGGGGGCCACCGCGCGACAGGCCCCGGCCAGCGCAAGAUCAACAAGUGGAACCAGCGCAAUGACAAAGGCGAGACCUUGCUGCAUCGGGCCUGCAUCGACGGCAACCUGCGCCAGGUGCGGUUCUUCGUGGAGAAGGGCCACCCGCUGAACCCCCGGGACUACUGCGGCUGGACCCCCCUGCACGAGGCCUGCAACCACGGGCACCUGGAAAUUGUGCGCUUCCUUUUGGACCACGGAGCCGCUGUGGAUGAUCCGGGGGGCCCUGGGUGCGAGGGCAUCACCCCCCUGCACGAUGCCCUCAACUGCGGCCACUUCGACGUGGCGGAGCUCCUGGUCGAGAGGGGGGCCUCCGUGCUGCUGUGCAACGCCAAGGGCCUGACCCCCCUGGGCACCCUCCAGGCCUGGGUGCAGCUGUUCGGCCGGGACCUGGACCGGGAAACGCGCCAGCGCUCCGAGGCCAUGGAGCAGCUGCUUCGGAAGGCCAUGGCGGGCCGAGGCUCCAGGGCUCCGCUGCAGCAGAGCCAGCCGGCCAGCCAGCUGUUCGACGCCGAGCUCCCGGAGUCCCCGACCUCCUGCCCUCCGGGCCCCGCUCUCGUGCCCCACAGCCCCAGGGGGAGCCCGCAGGAGCCCGAGGAGGGAUGCGUGAGCCCCCGGAAGCCCGUCAGGAGGCUGUGGCCGCUCGGCCGGAAGCCGGCGAGGGAGGAGGAAUCGCCGGUGGGGGCAGUGGGGGAGCAGGUGGGGCCGGGGCCGGCUGCCUCCGCCGAGUACCGGGCAGCCAUGCGGGGUGUGGGCAGCGCCCAUUCCCGCCACCCGCCCAGCCCAGGGGGCCCCACGCGCCCUCCCGGGCCAGCCCUGAUCCCGUCCGAGGAGUACGUGGGGGACGACUGGCUGGAGGACGACCUGGGCCCCCGACCCCACUCCCGCAAGAGAGGCCGCCAGAGCCCGGCUGGGGCAGCAGGGGCAGGAGCGGGCUCCGCAGAAAGCACGGCGUCCGAGAGCGACGAGGGGGCAUCCCGCCAGCCCCCGGAGCUGACGCGGAAGCGGAGGAGGCGAGUCCGGCAGAGCCGCCUCUCCCAGAUGGUGGCCAGGGCCCUGCCGGGCCGCGUCUGGGGGACUGGUGCAGAGGGGAGGCCCGAGGCCCCGGCCGAUGCUGGCCGCCUUCAGGGGGCCAGCGGUGGCAGCAGCAGGGUCAAUGGCGUGCCGGAGCACGAAGAAUGCCCCCCGCCGGGACCCACGCAGCUGCCGGCUCCCCCUCCGCCGGUUCGGGUGCGUGUUCGGGUGCGAGACAGCGUCUUCCUUAUCCCCGUGCCCCACAGCGAGAGCGAGGGCCGCCCCGUGUCGUGGCUGGCGGAGCAGGCCUCCCAGCGGUACUACCAGAGCUGCGGGCUGCUGCCACGCCUGACCCUGAAAAAAGAGGGGGCGCUCCUGGCUCCCCAGGACCGUGUCGUGGACGUCCUGCAGAGCAACGAAGAGGUGCUGGCCGAGGUGCAGUCGUGGGACCUGCCGCCCCUGGUGGAGCGAUACCGGAAGGCCUGCCGGAACCUGGCUGUGGGGGAGCACCGGCUGCUCCUGAAGGUGUUGGAGCGGCAGGAGGCGGGCCCGUCCUUCAGCGUCUCCGGUGUGACCCUGCGGCGCCUCCACCUGGCCCCGCUCUUCCGGGCACUCAAGCUGCAGGCCUCCAUCCGGCGCCUCUGCCUCUCGGGGACUGGCCUGGGGGACGACGCGGCCGAAGAGCUCCUGGCCAGCGUGGGCACCAUGCCCGGCCUGACCCAGCUCGACCUGUCGGCCAACCGGCUCGGCCCGGAGGGGCUGCACAAGCUGGCCAACGGGCUCUCCGCCUCCGCCCAGAGGCUGGACGAGCUGGACCUCAGCCUGAACCCGCUGGGCGACCGCAGUGCCCAGCCCCUGGCCGCCCUGCUGUGCGCCUGCCCCGUCCUGGCCGUGCUGCGGCUGCAGGGCUGCGGCUUCACCAGCGCCCUUCUGCAGCGCGGGCGCCCGCUGCUGGCCAGUGCCCUGGGAGGGGUGGUGCAGCUGCGGAGCCUCUCCAUGUCCCACAAUGUCCUGGGUGCCUCCGGCCUGGACCUGCUCCUGAAGAGCCUGCCCUGGGCCAGCGUCACCCACCUGGAGAUCGGCUCGGUGGGCGCCGGGCCGGAAGACCGGCAGCCCCUGCAGGAGGCACUGGGCGGGUACUUGGCACAGGAAGACUGUGCGCUCAGCCGGCUCACUUUCUCUGGGAACCACCUGGAUGAUGCCGCCGUCGCAGAGCUGGCCAGGUGCCUCCCGCGCUGCCCCGCUUUGGUCGCACUGGACUUGUCUGCAAACCGCGCAGUCGGCACAGCCGGCCUCCAGGCGCUGCUGCGGGCCCUGGACGAGAGGGGGCACGGCCUCCAGUUCCUCAGCCUGGCGGGCUGCUGUGUCACGGGGCCGCUGGAUGGUGCCACAUGGGCGAGGCUCUCCUCCCGCGUCCGUCAGCUGCAGCUCUGCAGCCGCAGCGUGAGCAGGGGCGACCAGCGGGCCGUCGCGGAGCUGUGGCAGGGCCCGGCGGGCACCACGCUCCACUCGGUCACCCGCCACCACAAGCUCUUCUGCCAGUGCCGGUAGCCGCGCCUGGCCGGCCACACCGCGCCACCCCCGAGACCUGCAACCCGCCCCCAGCCUGCGCUGAGACGGCGUCGCGUGUGCCGCGUGGGGCCCAGCACGCCUUUCCCAGAGACUGCCCCCUGCUGCCGUGGACCACCAAGCCCCAGCGCCCAGGACGGACGGGCCCGGCUGCCCGGGACGUGUGGGGGGCCGACUCGGGGGCCACGCGAAGGGAGAAGGGCUGCACCGGGGCCCCUGUGAGCAGCCGCUGCUGCUGCGCCCACGCCCAGCGCUGCGCUCUCCCGCUGUACCCCCCCCCCCGCUUUGGGUGUCAUCUCUCAGCACGGGCUGAAUGUAAAUACCUCUUCCUG